AUGUACAAGUACACCUACUGGUAUGAGGACGGCUCUGAAGUGAUGGGCGAUGCGGGGGAUGCCGAUGAACUCGAAGAAGAGGUGGUAGAAGAUCGUUUUGACGAUGAAAGUUUUGAAGACGCUCCCCUCUCUGAUAAUGAGUCGAACUUUGAUGAGCAAGACUUAGUGAGCGUUGAUGAUUGCGAUGUUUAUGAUAAUAUUGGCAAUCCUUUGCGAGAGCCUAGAGUUCGUCCAGCUCUGUCAACUAUCCCUGAAGAGUCUAAAAUUGACGACAUUGCAACAAGUGAAUUGAGCCAAAUUUCUCCUAAAGGUAGAUUGUCGUUUGGUUCGUGUGCAUCUACAAUAAGUCAAGCGUAUUCAAUCAAAAGUAGUGACUUCGUGUCAGGCGGGAAAGCUACCGAACUUUUGCAGAAAGAGCAAGAGUCGUUCAUGCGCGGUCAUGGCUUAUUUAUCCAGGAUGAUCCCAGGUUUGACAGGAGCCAUUUUGACAAAGAAAACAGUUGGGAGCCCAGUGUACUAUCAUCCUUUAACCAUGGUAAUGAAACAUGUAGUCCACAAUCGGCUCCAGCUCUCGAGCAGAAUCCUGAUGCAGUCCGAGAAUCAAACCUCGCGCAAGCAAAUUGCACUGCUGAUGAAAAAGCCGUGGAAAAUGAUGCUUCUUGUUCCGCUCCACCCGAAGCCAAGUAUAAUUCUGCACAGUCUACAAGCGAAAAACAGAUUGCCGAGCCGGUUACUGAUGCCAGACCACUCAACCCAUCACAAGUGCAAAAUUUUCUGAACUUUGCAUCUGGGUCUACACCGCAACGGAGUCAGGCGAAACAGUCGCUUUUGGAAAACAACAGCUCACCGGCGCCAACAAGCGAUUCUUCUGUUGUUGUGAAGACAAGCACACCUGUUUCUGUGUUGUCGUCACGUAAAGUACGUCGCGAUUUUGAGAGGAAAGUCCAGGAUAUAUCAGUGAUCAAAGCUGAUGAUGCACCUCAAGCAGCCAAAGAAACAUCGCACCCUGCAGGAAAUGUUUCAUCCGCUGAUACGACGACGGAUACUACAAUGGUGUCCGUUGGGCGAGUUGAAAGUAUGCUUAAGCAUAUGAAAUGUGGAUCUCCAAACACUAUGAUGCAAGAACUGGAGCUUCGAAUCAAAAACCAAGUGAACCUAAAAAAACCGCGUGCUUUUCUUCCACCUUUACCUCCAAGGCUACAAGGUAAUGCCGAUGUUCCCAAAAUAUCAAGAUUUUCAUUUGUGGAGAAAGCUAACUCACGUGCAGACAUCGAAGGAGAGCGGGAAGUCAUUGUUGACAGAUCCAAGCAAUCCUCAUCAUCGAAUAUUUUUCGCCACUCAGCUGAUCUAUCCAAACCACUUCCUGAAAUCGUUGAUGUUUCCAGGGUAUUAUCUUCCACACAGGUGAACUCUCGAUUGAAUGCGACAAGCCAACGAGAUGAGAAUAUUCAAAAGGCUAUUGUAAUCAAGCCAGAGGAAAUGGCAAUGCGCGAUGAGCAGAACUGUCGGCCGCAAUCCACGAGAUCCAGUAGUUCGUUGUCAACUGUCACCAACGCUCGCAGCACUUCGCAAAUGAGCUCAGAGGGCACUAGAAGGUCUGUGCUUUUCAUUCCUCAACACGAGGUUGCCUUUGGUUGCAUUGCCAUAGGAGAUACUGCCAUAGCCUCUGUUGAUGUGAGGAACCGUACCGAUCAUCCAUUGCGAAUAAGAGCAAAGCUGAACAAUCCAGGAAAUGUUUUUACGCUUCUGGACAGUCAAAUCAUCCUGCUAGAUGCUCAGCGCUCUACAACACUACGAAUUGAGUUCUGUGCCACUCAAAAUGCACGAUUUUGUACGACCCUUUCCAUUAGUGCCAGCGGAGGCGGCGGCCCUGCUGUAACAUAUAGAAUGCCCGUACGUGGAGUUGGAGGUAUAGCUGUGCUAACGGUGAAAGAUCGGGAGGAUUUGAAGAUUUCACGCAACGGCUCAUAUGUGCUGCAGUCGUCGUAUGAAUCUACGUUUUCUUUCACCCUAGUAAAUUCGGGGAAGCGGCAUGCUUUCGCGCGCGUGGUGGUAGUGUACUGCGGAGACUCCGGCAAUCCAGAGCAAAUUCCGGUUGAUAUACGUCCAUCACAUGGAGUUGUGAUUGGAAGGGAUGAGUCUAUGAAAAUAUCUGUUCGCUUGCGAUCACCGUUCCCGUCUUUUGAUUGGAGAUCCUCGCAGCACUCAAUCAUAUCGACGGCAUCUUCUGCUCAACAGCGAACAGCAAGCCCGCUGCAGGUCAUAGUAUAUUGGGGAGAAGAACGUACACGCCGAAGACUUCGAUGUUAUGAGGAGAAAGUUGGCACUAUUCACACAUGCGAGAAUCUGCAGUUCACGGAUAAGUAUGAUCGUGAAGAACCUGAUUUCGAACCACCAAAAGGUUAUCCGGUUUCCAAGGAGGAUGUUCGUCUUUUUGAUCAAGCUCUGAGAAUGCAUAUCAUUUAUGUUUGCUCUCCUCGUAUCCGCCCAAGAGCAUCACUGUCUUCGAAUUUGUCCCUCGAAAGAAGUCUGCAACCUGAAGAUACAUUCCGCGAAAGAACAGUCUACAAUACAUUGAUAGUGCCUGAUCAAACUAUUCGCGCUAAUACUAAGUUGCUAGAUUGAUGAUUCUUGACAUUUUACUCACUUCUAUGCAAACGCUGUAAUAGUGUAUGUACCCAUUCGAAAUUACUGUAGGCUCAAUUUCUACUCGAAUCACUUGUAACCAUUGCUCUGUGCUGCUUGCCAUCUAAUCUAACAUUACGGAGUACUUAGAAAAACACAUAUUUGUCUUGCAUAUAGUCUUUGUGAUAAUUCUGUGAAUGAAUAAUUAACUUAUGUAGUACUGCUUUGAAAAUGUGCAGGUU